AUAAAGACAAGGUACAUUCAUUGCCCAGACGAUAAUAUGAAGGGGUCAAAAAUUGCGGGUCUGGCAGGUCAAUUACCCUUGCAGAAUCUAAAAUGCUGAAGUAGCAGAGUCCAAUUGAUAUUCUUUCAUCCUUCAUCCCAAUUUUGCUCAGUCUCAUAUACUCAUGCUCGAGGCUUCCUAUACCUUUCUCGCCAUGAUCAAACUCUCUGUCGCACAAUUAGCCUUUGCUACGUUUGCUGGUGCCUUGACAGUAUCGGUGCCGUCACCAAGGGACUUGUUCGACGACUCUUGUGCUCCCUUCCGUUUACCACCACAAGCCGUAAAUGGGACAUAUCUAGAUCAAAGCACCGUUGGACAGGCAUGGAUUGAACCACCGUUUGGAUUUGGCUAUGGUAAAUGGGCGUUGGCAUGGACCAGUAUAGAGGAGUACUGGGGUUGGUCAAAUAUGCAGGUAUGGCCUCUUCAUUGCUUGAUGAAUUGAUCAGAGGACGUAGGCGCUUCUCAGCUAACACAUGGAACCAGAAUGAGUGGUAUCCCCUAAGCAGCACAGUGACCGGAGGGCACGUAUCAGAUCUGCACGCAAUGGUCAUCGCGGACGUGAACUCCUUCCAACUUGGCGACAAUAACACGAUCAUCACCACACCAGGAACCGACACGCCGCUCCCCGGACAGAAGUACGCCUGGAACUACACCAUCCCAGCCGAGAUCAUGGCUGAGACGGACAACACCACGUGGGUUGGCUGGGGAUUCGAUUUCUAUGAGCAGGGCGCUCCGUACUUUGUGAGCUACGACGCCUCGACCGUCGGCAUGAAGAACGUCUCGCAUGGAGUGUCCAUCUACAGUGCGCGAGAGAGAGGGCCUUCGGAUAGAACGGUGGCGGAGAUUGCGGAUUGCUAUGAUAAAUUGGGGAGUGUGGUAUUUGCCGAUCUGUUUAGGUCGAUGCAGAGGACACCGACGGAUGGCCGCCGCAGCAAUGAAUUGUCGUGGCGUGGACCAUCGGCGGAUGUGGAGAAUCAAAAGAAGAGGAAUGGCGCCGUUCGAGGAGUGUCCGCUGCAGUUGCAAGUAUCAAUUUGGAAAAGCAUGUUCAGGUCCAGGACGGGGAUAUUGAUAAUCUGAUGUGUUAUUGUAAAGUAUAG